AUGGACCCGCUAUGGCCCGUCUACGGUGCCCCCACCGAGUACUUCUUGAGUCAAGAUAACCCGCUCUUGGUCUCUGCCGCUCCGAAUUCGCAGCUGCCUCCUGGCUUUGAGGGUCCUGCACCUGUUACGCUGCCGUCUACGGGGCCUAGGACGGCGGCUGCUACUCGCGAGAUUGCUACUCGCGCCAACCUUCCUUCGGUCCCUUCUGCCUGUCUUGCUUGCCGCAGCAAGCACCUCAAAUGUGAUGGCAAGCGUCCUUGUUCCCGCUGCAGCACAUCCAGCCUAGACUGCGUCUAUGUCGCGUCACGUCGCGGGUACAAAGGCCGUAAACGCACAGCUACACAAGUUGCCAGCCGUCUUGCAGCGACUGCUAAUCCCGUACCUAUUGCUGCUCUCACAAAACCCAUAAUCGGACCUGCUCCCCCAGCACCGUCACUGGAAUUCCCUGCCAUUUUCGACCCCUCCAUGUUCUCGGGGAUUGACCCAAUUUAUCCGGGUAUCAACACGAGUUUCCCAACUACCACGUUUGCUCAAACUACCGCGUCAGCUGGUUUGCCUGCUUUCGCAUUUCAGAGUCCUUUUGGUGGCGUAGACGAACUGGACGUGGGCUUUGGCUUCGAAGUACCACGGAUGCUUCCUCUAAGAGAACGCUACCUUGACUCGUUCUAUCAGAAUUUCCAUGCAGCUCACCCCUUCGUACCACCCAAGGAGCCUCUUCUUGUCUUGGUGCAGGAUAACUCACUGGAACCUCUUCUCGCGGCUAUGCGCUGGAUUGGUUCUCUAUAUAUCGAGCAAGACACCUCUCACAGUCUCUUCAAAGACGCGUUCCGCCUAAUAGACGGCAACCCUCUCAAAGAUGGUUUCUUGGUGCAGGCUAGGUUGAUUCUCAUCAUCGGACUUGACGGCAACCGGCAAAGAAAAAAGGUCAGAAAGCUCAUGGCAGAGGCGCGGGAUAUCUCUGUUCAAAUCGGUAUGAACACACAUCUCUUUGCGACUGCCAAUGGACGAGGAAUGCCGAUACUGGAAGAGAGCUGGCGGAGGACAUGGUGGGAGCUCUACGUGGUGGAUGCUCUCAUGUCGGGUGUGCAUCAGACAAACAGCUUUGCUUUGUAUGAUGUCCCCACGGAUGUUGCUCUGCCUUGCGAAGAGUACCAGUAUCUCACAGGACAAAUACCUCCUCCAAUGCACCCACAAGACAUGGAAAACAUUGGUUUGUUUGAUGGCACGCCGUUCUCAUCGUACACCUACCGCAUCCAAUGUGCCUGCUUCUUGGGCACGCUCCAAAGAAUGCCAACACAAGUUGACCAUAUCGACAAACUCCUCGCCAACUGGAGGCUUCGUCUACCAGCUUCCAAGCACGAUGCUCACUUUAAUGGUGAACUGGAUGAGAUGAUGUUCCAGGCUCUCAUGAUGUGGCACGCCAUCAAUAUUCUUCUGCACCAGCCUCACUCGCAACUGGAUCCGUCCUCGACAUAUUACAUCAAGGCAUGCCAACCCAACACACCGGCUGUGUCUAGCGAUGUUUUCAACCUACACACGAUACGCACGAUUCGAGCCGCGAGGGAGCUCAGCAAGUUGAUCACUUACCGUGUUUCUCUGCUAACACACACCCACUUCUUCGCCUACAUGGUGACGCUCUCCUCAACAAUCCAUCUUAGCAAAUGGUCACUGGCCUUUGUAGCCCAAGACGACGAGGAUCUACGUCAAAACAUCCGUCUCAACAUUGGAGCCCUUGUCAAGUACGCCGAAAUGUGGUCCGUGGCACAACACCUGGGAUCUCAAGUAAAACACAUUGCAAAGGAAGUCUACAUGAUGAAGAAGCGACAACAACAGCCUCCAGAAUGGGUAGGCUUACUCCCACAGGAACAAAUGACUGCCAAUCUUGGCUUUUAG